CUCAUACUUUGACACAAUCUGACCCAUGGUGGAUGCUGGAUCUGCUGAAGACAUACAGCGUGAAUAGAGUGACCAUCACUAACAGAUUUGACUGCUGCAACACCAGGAUAAAUGGGUCAGAGAUUCGGAUUGGAAACAACUCUUCAGAUUUUUUCAGCAAUCCAGUAUGUGCUGUAGUUUCUACUAUUCCAGCAGGAGCUACCUACAGCUACUUGUGUGAUGGGAUGGAAGGACGUUAUGUUACUGUGAAUAUUCCUGGAGAUUCAAAGAUUCUUACUCUCUGUGAAGUGGGAGUCUAUGUGAUUUUUCAAGAUAAUUUGGCAGCUGGAAGAAACGUCACACAGUCAUCAACUUAUGGCCUCUGGUCUGCUGAACAUGCCAUUGAUUUCAAUCCAGGAUUAACAAAAUCAUGGUCAGCAUGUUCCUCAACCAAAGUUCAGACUAACCCCUGGUGGAGGGUGGAUCUGAGUUCUGUGUACAGAGUAAGUAGCGUCGUAAUCACAAACAGACUAGACUGCUGUCCUGAACGAAUAAACGGAGCGGAGAUUCGCAUCGGAAACUCUCUGGAGAACAACGGCAAAAACAAUCCCAUAUGCACUGUGAUUUCUAGCAUUCCAGCUGGUGUUUCCUCCACCUACAUUUGUAACGAUAUGGAGGGUCGAUACGUGAAUCUGAUCAUUCCUGGAGAUUCAAGAAUUCUUACUCUGUGUGAGGUGGAGGUCUAUGGGGAAGGCCCUUUAUUGAAGAAAACGUUGGUGAAGAUAAAAUUGAAGUCCAGUUCGACUCUGUCUGAACCUGAAAUGAGAGCCCAGCUCCUGUCACAGCUCCAGUCUGUUUUGGAGGAACGAGGGUUUUCUGACGUGACGCUGAAAUGGUCUCAACCUCCCGAAAUGGAAGUGAAGCGGAAGGAAGCUGCACCAGCUCAGUCUGCUCGAAGAAAGAGAUGAUGAGGAAAACUCAAAUCGAAUCACCUUCUUCAUCUUUCAUUUACAAUGUCAAUUUGAAACCGUUUGUGUAUUUGUGAUGUUGAUUUUAGUGAACAUUUUCCAUUAGACUUGGACAAGAGACUGUUUUUCUGAGUCAGCAAGGAUUUGUUUCAGGAUUGUAAACAGGGAAAUUGUCUUUACUUUUAAGAACACCUUGUAAGACGCAGUUAACAAAUGCAGUAAGCAGUGCUGUCAUUAAAAUCAUCCUUAACACAUUAAAGGACAGUACAAUAAAGAAAUGGCUUUCCUAAAUGCACUAUUUAAACUAAAUAAGAUGAGAUUGAGCUGAAGAAUGAAUGCUGUAUCUAGGGUUGCCAACUUAAAGGAAAAAUAUGGGACAAUCACGUAUAUAGCCUAUAACUUUUUAGUUGUCAUUUUGUUUUUCAAGGAUAAGGUCCAAAGAACACUCUCGCUGCUUUUUCUUCUGUGUGGGCGUAUUCAAGUCGCACACUUCAGUUUGAAUCUGAAUAGAGCAUCAC